AUGGUCACUUUCUCACUCUUUUCGGUCGAUGACCUUGCUGCAUUUCUUGUUCUGCCUACUAGAGGCAAGCAGCUCAUUUCCCCUUUGGAGUUCUGGUCAUACAAGUUUGAAUUGCGUCGGGAGGUCACUAAUCGCUCCUUUGACUCGCUGGAUGAUUCACUCAAGCUUCUCCACUACUACAUCACCCGAGUGUACUUUCCGCGGGCUGACCGCUUGGAUGUUGUUUUGCCUCUUGAUUGCUGGGUCAUGUCUCACGCCAUCUCUGAUAUGUCGUUGAGCUAUCCUCAUUUGCUGUUUGGGGCAAUUGUGGAUGCCUCUGCCAACGAUUCUCCCGGUGUUGGUCUUCCCUUUGCUGGGUUGAUUACGUUGCUGCUGCAUCGUCUCGGUGUUCCUCUGGCUGACUUUGUCACUAUUUCUGACGGUUGUGUUCAUCCCUCCAUUGACGAAGUGCUUGCUGUGGUGGGACUUCCUCCCAUUGUUGAUUUAUCAUCAGGGGGAGCUGAUCAUGGGGCCACGGAUGCUGCUAUUAGAGAAAGAGACGAAGAGGACGAGGCGUCCGCGGAUGGUGGUGCUCUGCUUCGGCUUCUGUUCGUCCCUUCAAGCUCAAGCGACAGGCUAAAGGACCUCGUCCUUCUAACAGAGCUCUCAAGCGUCUCAAUAAUCAAAAAACUUCUCAAGGAGUGGUUCUCUAUGAGAAUCAUGAUCUCGAGCAAAACAAUUAAAAGCCUUAAUUUAGGGGGAGCUUAG